AUGCCCGCGUCCGCCGUCCCAAGCCCGCCAGAGCGCACUCCCCCCGCCUCGUCGCUGGUGCCGAGCGACAACAACUCGUCCCCAUUCACAUACGCUUGUACGCACGCUUCAUCUUCGCCGCGAGCCGCGUCCGACGCGGCCACGGCGCCGACUACCCCGCACAACGCGGCACGUACCGCGCCUGCUCCGCCUUCGGCUUCAAACUCUGCCUCCCCCGCCACCUCCACCUCGGACCCGGGCUACGACGCCGACGUGUCCAACACGAGCGCCGAGACGGCGUUGAGCGGCUUCACUGCCGAGGAUCGUUCCGCUGCGCCUGUGGGACCGGGGGUCGUUCUCCUCCCUGCCUCGGCAACUCCUGACCCCCUCGACACGGCGUCGGUCGAGGUCCACUUCUCGGAGGAGGAGGAGGAGGGCAACACGACUGAGGGUGAGACGUCUGACGGCUCGUUUGACGACGCCGGCGACGCGGACGACGAAGACUCCGACUUUAGCCCGGGCGCUGGAGACAGCAGCAACGAGUCGUAUAGCUCGGAGGAUGGAGAGUCCGACCCCGAUGCCAACACCGACACCGACACGCCCGACUCUGAGGCCGGCGAGGUGGACGAGCCUGACGACCACGACAAGCACGACGAGCGCCGCGACCGCCACGACGACCAGGACGACACCUCGACCGAGGACACGGCCUCGGACGCCACGUCCGUCUCGAGCGCCACGCGGGCCGAAGUAGCCCGGCUCCUCUCGACGCGGAGGCCGCUCGUCCGCCCCGCGUCCCCGCCAGAAGUCUGGGCGGCGCGCCAGCACCCCCCUCGCGCGCCGGCUCCGGCGCCAGUGCGCAUCAUCCCGCGCACCCAGCUCCGCAUCAACGCCGACGGGCGCGCGACCCCCGGCCGCGUGGUGGACCUGUUCAGCCCGCUCACGCCGGCGCCUCCUUCCCCGGGGAAGGCGCAGCAGAACGAGGUCGCGCUCGUCGUGUACGUCCUUGAGCGGGCCCGUACCCCUGCACCUCGGGCCGAGCGCCGCGCCGCGCGCAUCAUGUGGACUGAGUACCUCCUCCGCUCGUACGGCGUCGACGGCACCCACAACGGCACCCAGCUCGCAGUCAUCCAAGGUAUCACGCGCCGCGCCGCGGGUAUGCUCAUUGCCCGGGGCACGCUUGUUCUUGGCUCGCGCUACCCCACCGCCGAGGCGUGGGCCGUUGCCAUGGCGCAGGAGCUGCACGAGUUUGCGCAGGAGAAGGACAGUGACAGCAACACCCCCCGCGGCAGGUGCGACUCGCGCUCGCCUGCGCCUUCCCCGCCGCCUCCCCCGCCUGGCCGCGACGUCUCCGACCUCGUCCGCGCCAUCGGCUGCACCGCCGAGCGGGUGAUCACCAACGGCGGCGCCAUCACGAGCGACGACGAGCCCAACCCUGAGAGCUCGUGGACGGCGCGCGGUAAGGCCCUCCGUGCCGCAGCGCGCCGCCCGUCGCCGGCUCCAUCCUCGGGCUCGUGGCGCGCAGCCAAGGACGAGGCGUUUGCGUACCGCGCUGCUGAGCCCGGUCAUGAGCGCGUAGAGCGCGCCGAAUCGGAGCCACUGCCUGGUGUGUCCCCGCCCACCAAGCGGCCCCGCGACGACGUGGACGAGGACUACGACACGCCCGUGGCCCGCUUCCACCCCGCCGCGCGUCCGCCCGCACACGAGCGCAAGCGGCCCAAGUCGACCCGCGUGCUCGCCAACCGCCGCCUCGUCUCGGAGACGGCGUACGAGCUCGGGCUGCACGAGUCCAUCGGCAUGCAGGUGCGCGCCGCGCUGGACGCGAUGCGCACCGAGCGCGACGUGGCCAAGGUGCUCGACUGGGCGCCGGGUGCGAUUGCUGCUAUUGACCGCGAGAACGCGGCGCUCCGGCGCCACCUCGGCGACACUGUCUCGGUCGCCCUCGAUACCAGCUACAUGCCGCACCUGGUUGUCCAGACGCUCGCAGGCGAGCACAGGGUGUGGGCCGACAACCUGCUCGAGAACCUCCGCAUCCGGGCCCGAGUCGUGCAGGCCCACCAGGCCGCCCAGCUCCGAUACUCGGCCCUUGAUGAAGCGACAGCGUUCCUCCGUCUCCGCGAGUAG